CCGGUCGUCGCCGGCUCCGCGUGUCGGAAACCUACGGUCCGUCUUUUAUCCGAUCGCGAAAAGUUUACAACUUUCCGUUCGCGCUCCGCAAAUAAACGCCGAUCUUUACCGCUGAUGCUGUUCUGUUGAUGAAUUGUAUUCUUUUUUGUUUUUUCCUCGUUAUAAAAAGGAUUGUUGUGAAAGGGCAGUGUUCGGAUGAUUUGUAACUUUGUUAUUUGUGAGUUUUAUGACAUUGAAUUUGGUAAAGUAAGGGAUUGAAAAGACUGUUUUAACUAUCCUGAAAAGGCAAUGGAAGUUUGGAGUGGCCGCAAUUUCACUCGUUCGUAAAUUAGACGCUAAAUGGCAGUGAGUGGGCAUCGGAUUCUGUUCCUUCGUCGUGAUUCUGUUGACUGGUGAUGCCCCACCGCUGGGACAAUGGGCGGCAGACGGGGGCCCUGCAAGAGCUUCGCCAUCAACGUCAUCCAGAUCAUCACCAUCAUAUGCCAAGUGCUGACAGAGGAGCCGCGCUUCGCCGAGCCGAUCCCCAAUGUGACUGUGGCCCUUGGGAGGGAUGCCAGCCUCCCGUGUGUCGUCGAACAUCUUGGCACAUAUAAGGUGGCGUGGAUCCACAUCGACCGUCAGAUGAUUCUGACUAUCCAUCGGCACGUGAUCACCCGACUCGCAAGGUUCAGUGUCUCCCAUGACAACGCGAUGACCUGGCUCCUCCACGUCAGCCAAGUUCAGCAGGAGGACAGAGGAUAUUACAUGUGCCAGGUCAACACCAACCCCAUGAUUAGUCAAGUGGGUUACCUCCAAGUCGUUGUACCACCGAACAUUUUGGAUGAAGAAAGCACUCAGUCAGCGGUGGCAGUCAGAGAAAAUCAGAACAUCAGCCUCGUUUGCAAAGCUGAUGGAUUCCCGAAUCCUAAGAUCAUGUGGAGGAGAGAAGAUGGCCAGCCCAUAUCGGUGGAUAGGAGGAAGAAAGUUACGGUAUACGAAGGUGAUACCCUGAGUUUGCAGCGCAUUAGCCGCACCGAGAUGGGGGCGUACCUCUGCAUCGCCACCAACGCCGUGCCUCCUUCCGUCUCCAAGAGGAUCAUUGUUGAUGUUGAAUUUUCGCCAAUGAUCUGGGUGCCGAACCAGCUUGUGGGCGCCCCAUCAGGCACGGACGUGACUGUGGACUGUCACACGGAGGCACAUCCUAGAGCCAUCUCUUACUGGGUGUACGACAAUGUGAUGGUGCUUCCCACCAAGAAGUACGCCAUCACCACCGAAGAGAACUCUUACAGAGCACACAUGAAACUGACAGUAAGGAACUUGCAGACCGGUGACUUUGGGAACUACAGAUGCAUCUCUAAAAACUCACUUGGCGAGACUGAAGGAUCCAUUAGGCUAUAUGAAAUUCCUAUGCCGUCUACAUCUCCAAAAGCGACGGAGAUGAAAAGCAACGCCAAUAAAGAGAGCGUGCGGCGCGCUAACGUGACGCGGGCGGUCCAGCGCGCCGAGCCUGGCACUGGCGGCACCGAGCGGCCCAGCGUGGUGAGGGCACAGCUAGACCGUGCGCCAGAGAGAGACGCAGCUCAUCACGUCUACCGGGCACCACACCCGCACCACGUCUCAGGUGCGAGAAAUCUUCAAUGUUGGCGAAAAUCCUUCCUGGCGAUUGUGAUCUUCGUUCAUAUAGAUCUCCUAGUUUGAUUUUCUGUUU